GGACAGCUGGUGCUGAUGGCCAGGGACGAGGAGGUUUUGUACAAGAGCCGGAACAGAACUGGCAGCUCCAUUUCGGAGACCAACGCUCAUCCGUCCCUGGGCAGCAGGAGGGACACCGAUCUCUCCUCCGAGGGGAAGAGCUCGCCCAGCCCCCGGGCCCCGGGAAGAGGCACUGAGAACGACGUGUCAACCGGCUCCCAGUUCAGUAACGUGAAGGGGCUGAUAUGGAAGAGGCUAAGAGAACGGAAGGGCCGGACUGCAUCCAAGCCCGACUCCCCAACAGCGCCCCUUACGGACGGCGACAGGCUGCCGAGCCGGCACGGCUCCCGUGAGUCCCUGCUGCCGGCACCGAGUGCAGCUGAGCUGGAGCUGAGUGGCGAGGACGUAGUGAUCCGCCCGUUGCACAGCAGCAUCCUGGGCGAGAAGUUCUGCUUCCAGAUAAUCAAUGCUGAGGGGAGCCGCUGUUUCGGCUGCACGUCGGUGGCUGAGCGGGACCGGUGGAUUGAGAACUUACGCAGAACCGUGCAGCCCAACAAGGACAACUGCGAGCGUGUGGAGAACACCCUUAGUCUCUGGGUGUACGAGGCCCGAGACCUGCCCCCCAAGAAGCGCUACUUCUGCCAGCUGCACCUGGAUGGCGCCCUGUACGCCCGCACUACGGCCAAGUCAGCGGGUGCGGACGGGGCACUCUUCUGGGGCGAGCUCUUUGAGCUGGCCACACUGCCUGCAGCCCGGGAGCUGCACAUCAGCGUGCUGCGGGAGGAAGAGGGGCGGCGGCGGGAGGCCAGCCCCCUGGGCACCGUGACCAUCCCGCUGGGGGAGCUGGCCGCCUCGCGCCAGCCCUUGGAGAAAUGGUACCCUCUGUGCGGAGCUGCCCCCAGCCGGGCACCUGCUCUGCGGCUGCGUGGGCGCUACCAGGAGAUCCAGGUGCUGCCCAUCGUGAGCUACAAGGAGUUCGCCGAGUAUAUCACCUUCCACUACCGGGAGCUGUGUGCCGGGCUGGAGCCUGCUAUUGCUGUGCGCCACAAAGAAGAGCUUGCCAGUGCCCUGGUGCAUGUGCUGCAGAGCACGGGCAAAGCUAAGGCAUUUCUCAUCGACCUGGGGGUGGCGGAGCUGGACCGCUUCGACGACAGAGAGGCACUGAUCUUCCGCGAGAACACACUGGCGACCAAGGCCAUCGACGAAUACAUGAAGCUGGUGGGGGGGCAGUACCUGCUGGACACACUGGGGGAGGCUAUUGCCCAGUUGUACGAGUCGGAGGAUAGCUGUGAAGUUGACCCCAGCAAGUGUGCAGCCAAUGACCUGUCUGACAACCAGAACAACCUGCGGCAGGCGUGUGAGGAGGUCUUCCAGAGAAUCAUCAACUCCUGCGACGCCUUCCCAGCGGAGCUCAGCGAGAUCUUUGCAGCAUGGCAGGGGGAGUGCCUGGAGCGGGACAAGGAGGACAUUGGGCAGCGACUCAUCUCGGCCUCGCUCUUCCUGCGCUUCCUGUGCCCGGCCAUCAUGUCCCCCAGCCUGUUUGGCCUCACCCAGGAGUACCCAGAUGAUGCCACCUCCCGCACCCUCACCCUGGUGGCAAAAGUCAUCCAGAACCUGGCCAAUUUUGCUACGUUCGGUGAGAAGGAGGCGUACAUGGGGUUCAUGAACGAAUUCCUGAAGCACAACUGGAGCCGCAUGAAGUCGUUCCUGCAGAGCGUGGCCAACCCUGACGGCAGUGCCCACCUGGUGGCUUACGACGGCUAUGUGGACCUGGCGCUGGAGCUCUCCACCCUGCACUCGCUGCUCUGCGACAUAUUCACCGGCCUGGACCAGCGAACGAGGGAGCAGUUAGAGCCCCUGCCGACCAUCCUCAAUGCCAUCAAAGAGGGGACGCCAGUGCCUGUCUCCAUCAAACUUGGCCCCGGCAUGGACAGCCCUGGCGAGAAGCCAGGAUUCCUGCCCCCGAGGGAGCUGAGCAAGUACAGCCCCCUGGUCAAGAGCCACUCCAUGACCAACAUCCAGAAGGGCCGGGGGAAGGAGGACGAGCAGCACCUCCAGCAGCUGCCCGCCUCCCCACGCCAGGCCUGGGAGAGGAGGAAGGUGCAGCGCACGCAGAGCGUGCCAGCCCAGAGCAAGGCAGGACGCAGGCUGCAGACGCAGAGCAGCAUGGAGCACGUGGUUGAGUCCCAGGGAGAAGAGAGUCACGAUGGGAGCCCUCGCCCCUCUACCUCCCGCCCACGGGAUGGCCGAGCCCACCCGGGGCGAUCCAAUCUCCGCCAAUCUGCCUCACUGCCCCGGAAAUCCACGGUGCCCUGGCAGCGCCACGCUGAGGAAGCGGCCAAGGCGCAGACUGAGCUGUACGCCAUGCGGCCGCUGGAGAAGCAUGGGAAGCAAAUUGAGGAGCUGAGGAAGGAGCUGGCAGAGUCCAGGGAGAAGCAGAGGCUCUUUGAGAGCCAGCUGGAAAUGCUGGUCACCCAGAAUCAGACACUGCUGGAGGAGCAGGCCAAGAGCCAGGGGCAGGAGGAGAGACUCCGGAGGCAGCUGGAGCACCUGGAAACCCACCUGGCAAACCUCAGCACCAGGGUGGCGGCGGCAGAGGGCAGCCGGAGGAAGGACCAGGAGAAGCUGAAGGCCAGCGAGGAGAGGACGAAGCGUCUGGAGCGCCGCCUGUCAGCCCUGGAGCUGGAACACGCCGAGCUGCUCUGUGCCAUCAGCCAGCGGCCUGGACUCCAGGACAAGCCACCCAACUCACUGCUGAUGCCAGCGCCACCGGAUGGGGCCGAGGACUGGCAGGAGGUUUAGCCAGCUUGGUGGGCCCAGACGGCCAGCCCCUGGGCCCUGCGUGGGACGCACCCCACCCCAGCAGCUACCACCCGCUUUGGAUACCCUGCCAGCCAGACCUUGUCUCUAGAAAUUUGUCACAGACCGAAGCCCAGCAGCCCUUGCCUGGUAUGAGUCCAGCCUGGGAGGGUCCUGAGUCUGCCAGGGAUGUUGUUCCAGAUAAUGGAGUCCCAGGGAGCUGGGGUGGUGGAGAGUGAUUGGAUUUGUGAGAGGCCCUCUCUCAGCCCAGCUGGGGUUCCCCUCCCUAUCCCUGCAUCCAAAGGGUCCCCAGGUGCUUCCUUCUGAACCC